UACAACAAUUGUUUUUUUUUUCCUUCCUUUUCUUUCUGAAACUGGUAAAAUAAGUAUUACUAUUACUAUGACUAUCAGUAUCUUUAUAGGACACAUGUGUAUCUAAGGGAAGAGUGGGCAUCGUACGUACGCAGGUACGUGUUUAUGUAGUAACCUUUUCUUCGUUGGGUAUUGAUGGGCGUUCACAAAUAAUUAACUAUAUUGUGUGUUUUUGUUUUUCUCUUCGUGUGCUGCCGGCCGGCCGGCCGGAUGGAUCAUCGCCGCCUUCCCCCGGAGCCGCUCUCCCUUUGGCAGUUGAAGUAGACGGCGGCCACCGGCGAGCCCAGAUUGUAGAGCUCGGCGAAGUCUCGGGUGUUGAAGUUCUGGCGCCAACCGGGUGCGUAAACCGUCUGCCGGCCCAGUUGCCGGAACAGUAUGAAUACGAACCGGUGAAUCCCCACCGACGGCCGCGGGCUCUCGUAGCACACCACUUCUUGCCCUGCACGCACGCGCCAUAUUAUUAUUAUUAUUAUUAUUAUUAUUUAAUCUAACUACAUGAUUAAAAAGGCUGCGGGUCCGUAAUUAAUUACCAAAGCUUGCCCCGGUAGUGGCUGGAAUAUCUGUCACCAGCCUGCAGUAAGAAAAUCACAACCAAAAAAAAAAAAAAUUACUUUUUGACUGUGGCAUGAAUUUUACUAUGAGCACUUAAAUCAUGAGAAUUUUAUUAGUGAGUGGGAGGGGAGUCCUUUUAUUCAAAGUUGCUUGAAAGUUGAAACUAUGAACAGCCAUGCUUUUCGUACACCAAAGCUUUGAUAGAGAUGAGCACUUUUUCCCCCACUUUCUGUCUGUCUAUUUGUUCUGCUGGUUGUGCUUUUUAUUUGCUUGACGGAACUUUUUUGCUUUUCAAAGGACUCGUUACUUGCCAUAAAUGGAAACCUUUGCCCGAUUCGUCCCAAUGGCGGACUGGCCCACUCGUGACACAAUUCAUGAAUCUACGUAAAUCUCUUUGGAAAUAUAAUUCCACGUGUCCACCAUUUCGUACAAAGCUUAUUAAUUAAUUAAUUAAUUAAUUUCUACUACCAAAACAAUAUAUGAAUAUUGUUUUUGACAUGAAAGACAAUACGAAUAUUACGGCCGAGGUUAUGGAUACAAAACUCGCCUAUUUCUAAAGCUACAAAAAUCUCUUUCUAAAUUUUCAACAGGGUAGCUAAUAGAGUUUUUCAAUCUUAUCCUUGUAAUCACACAACAAUUAACCUAAAGAGAAUAUAUGAACUAAACUACCUUCAUUUUGUAGUAAAAUUUUAAGAGAAUGGAAUGCAAUAAACUUUUCAUCAAUUAAUAAUAAUAUAAUAAUUAGGACUAAUACCACUAAAAAUAUCAAUCUUUAGUGAUAUUGCUAAACUUUUUUAUAUACCAUUUCCAUCUUGUUGUUAGUAUUCUAUUAAUUUUUUCCUGAUCUGACCGGCCAAAAGUAACAAUAAGAAAGUAGAAAAAAUUAGAAAAAUAAUAAUUAUGACCGCUAACUCUGAAAAUUGGAUGGGCGUUUUCUCUGCCUCUUCUUCUCCUUCCUCCGCCUCCUUCCUGUGCCUUGCCCUCCGCUCCAACCCUAACCUCUCCAACAACAACAACGCUGAGCUGGCGGUCGCCGAUGAAUCCCCCGAUCGAACCUCUCCUCAAAAAGCUCGAGGAUGCCAUCCAGCGCAUCAUCGCCGGCCGGGCCGCCGUCGAUUGGCUCCCUUUCCUUCCCACUGGGUCCCUCCCAUUGAUCUAUCAUCGGUUCCUUCCGGAUCAGCCUCCAUGCCCUGGUCGCCUCCUCUCUCCUUUUUUUUGUUGGCGUGGCGGUGUAGAUUAAGCGCUUGCGAGGAAUUUGGGAGCAAGGUCCAAAAGAACAGGGGAGGGCGAAUGCAGAGUAGAUGAAAAUUAGGGUUUCUUAAAAUCAGGUUGAAUUGUUUCUCGAAGAGGUGUGGAGCUGGUAAGAGAGGGUUGUUCGUGGAGUCUCUGGCGUUGGAAUCCGGAGGUGCUAGAGCAGAAGGGAAGACAGGCGAUGACGAAGCGAGAGAGACGAGAGACGGAGUUGAGAGUGAAGGAAUCGUCGGAGAAGGCGGCAGUGAGAAUCGGACGGUUGCGGUCAGCAGGCUCGAGGUGGGGAGUUUUGUUCGAAAGGUUGAUCACUGUUACGUCAAUUGUUAACUCUAACAAUUCAUUGAAAUUUGUGCAACACUACACAAAUAGUGCUAACUUCCAAUAGGUUGAAAUAUUAUUUGAAUUAUUGAAGUAUCAUAAUAUAAAUGACUUUUUGUUGAAGAUUAGUAUUUUUUAGUGGUAUUUACCACGAUGGUAUUACAAAUAGUCCACAUCAUCCAAAGACCAAAAUCUUUUGCGGUAUAACUAUUUGUGAUAGAAAAAUUAAAAAGCAGCAGAAUCAUUAAGAUUCCUUGUUAUGAGCUUUCACUGUAGCCAAGCCAGCAGCAGCCACAUAGCUUUCUCAAAAGGAACCGACUGCUUGCUGCUGACUAUAUAUUCUGCUUCUGCCAAUGAAAAACUAGAUAACGAUUCUUCCCUUUUUACCCCACCCUCCCUUUUCUUUAACUGGCCUCUCAUAACUUGUUUUUGGAUUCUGUGGUGCACUUCCCACCCCGGGAGGCUUUCAAUUGAGUUGAGUGGUAUAUCAUCAAUAAAAAAAAUUCUCUUUCUAAUAACUCUAAAUAUUGUGA